UUUGACUCAUAAGUCACGCGCUUCUCUUCAGCCACAAACGAAGACUCCAUACAUAGCUUCUCAAUAGAUUCUGGAGACCCAUUAAAAAACAAAAAUCGCUGAAGAAAUGGGGAUUGAAAUAGAGAACUUGAAAGGGUUUUCCGGCGGGUGGAGCGUGGCGGCAAAGAGUUGUGAUUAUUGCAGAGCGGCAGCUGCUGCUGUGUUUUGCCGCUCCGACUCAGCUUUCCUGUGUCUGAACUGCGACACCAAGAUUCACGAAGUGAACAAGCUGUCGUCGCGACACGAGCGCGUGUGGAUGUGCGAGGUUUGCGAGCAGGCACCUGCAGCUGUCACGUGCAAGGCAGACGCAGCCGCUCUGUGCGUCACUUGCGACGCUGACAUCCACUCUGCUAAUCCACUCGCGCGACGCCACGAACGAGUGCCGGUGGAGCCGUUCUUCGACUUCGCGGAGUCCAUUGUGAAGUCAUCGUCGCCGUUCAAUUUUCUAGUCCCCAACGAAAAUGAUUUGAUUGGCUCCGCUUGUCAGCACGACGACAUUGAAGGGACUUCCUGGCUUAUGCCGAAUCAGAACCUGAUGUCAAAACUCGGCCUGGAAAAUCACGACGUUAAGCCGGCAGCGGACCUGUUAUUCUCCGAAAUGGAUUCGGAUCCUUUUUUGGAUUUCGGGUACCCGAAUUCCAUAGAUGCCAGGUUCCGUCAUCAUCAUCACAGCGCAGGUACCGAUAGCGUGGUACCGGUACAGAGCAAACCAGCUCCGUUUCCGGUAAUGAACAACGAGAAUUGUGUGGACAUCGAUUUCUGUAGAUCGAAGAUCUCUCCGUUGAACUACACAACUCAUACACUCAGUCACAGUGUUUCGUCGUCGUCGAUGGAUGUAGGUGUUGUUCCGGAUGGUACUUCCAUGCCCGAAAUGUCAUACAGUUUUAGCGGAACCAUGACGGGUGGCGUUGACCCCAGCGUAUCGGUCUCAACGGGUGCUGCGGCGAUGAAUCAAGCGGCCCAAUUGUGUGGAAUCGAUCGGGAAGCGAGGGUUUUGAGGUACAGAGAGAAAAGAAAGAACAGAAAAUUUGAGAAAACCAUCCGCUAUGCUUCCCGCAAAGCCUACGCCGAGACGAGACCGAGAAUUAAAGGCCGGUUCGCGAAACGAACAGAAGCCGAUAACGAAGUAGUAGCAAUGGACCGCCUCUAUGGUUCUCAGGCAUAUGCACCGUUCAUGGCUGAUCAUCAGUAUGGCGUCGUUCCAUCCUUUUGACUGUUGUUGUGAUCCUGUAUUCUCAGCACUAUUUAUUAUUUUGCAAUUAGAAUAAUCGUUAUGUAUACUGAUGGGUUUUCAGCCGUUGAUCUGCAAAUUUAUGUGAUCGGAUCAAAAAAGCCCGUUUCAGUUUAUCCUGUUGGAUGAUGUAGUUUUUUUUUUUUUUUUUUUAAGUCAAUAAAAAUGAUUGUGGAUCUAUUUCAUUA